AAUCGGGGCACAGAGCACUGACCAAACUCUAAUAUGAACAACCUGCAGUGGUGGUUUUACCUGCAACAAGGCUAGCAUUUCACCGCUCUGCUACUGAUCAAUGAAUGGCUCUAGCUUGCAAAGGAGUAAAUGAAAACCUUCACAGUGCGAGCGAGACGCAAAGGUCUUUCUCAGCCUUCCGACUGCAAUGAAAUGCAUCACAACACAUAACAUGCGGAAGUGUUUGAUCAAAUCUCUUUUCCCGUUACCCCAACUGUGAUGGCUGCCAAAAUAUAUAUCGCGUUUUGCUGGACUUGUCUGGUUGCCUUCGUCUGUGCAGACCAGAAAAACAUCAAAGCUGAGGUUGGACAGAACGUCACUCUGCCAUGUCGAGCUCCAAAUAAUAAUCCCAUCAGUGUUUUAAAAUGGAGCAGAGCUGACCUGAAAGAUAAAUAUGUCCUUUUGUACAAGGAUGAGCGAUUUGAACCAGAUGACCAGCAUCCAUCUUUUAAGAACCGGGUGGAUCUGCAGGACAGACAGAUGAAGGAUGGAGACGUGUCUCUGAUUCUGAGCAAUGUGACGAUUAAUGAUACUGGAACAUACGAGUGUGUUGUCAUCCCCAGUGGUGGAGGCAGUCCGAAGCUCAUCAGCAUCAUUGACCUGAGUGUUGUUCCUCCAGGUGAGUGAGUAGAGUUGAGUGUG